AGCUACAGCCACAAGGUGUUUGAGCUGAAGAAAAGGCUUUUUCAGAAUCUGAAAGAGAAGAGAAAUAAAGGGAGACUGUCGACCAUCUCUGAGUUUAUUGAGUGGACUAAAUCCCUGUGGAAUGCAGUGAAAUAUGAGAAUUUCAUCUUCAGUUUCCGGAACAGUCUGGUAGCCGAAGCUUAUAAAGAACUCUCUGUCACAUACACCGAUCUGGAGUGGGAACUGAGGAAAGAGAUACAUUCCUUCCUGCAAAAGGCACAGAACAGAAUCUUUAAUACAAAACAGGAUCCAGAAAGGGAAGCUCAAAGUUUGAAAAGUGAACAGAUUGCAUUGCUCAAUGAUCAGAAAGGAAAAGCUCUCCGAAAAUUAGAGGAAUAUUAUUCCACUGACAAUAACUCAAACCUUGUCGAAAAAUACAGGGAGGAUUUUGUCGGAAGCAUCAAUUCUCUGAUCAUUGAACGUGGGAUGUACAUGGACAGAAAGUGUAAUGAAGCAGUGCAAAGGAAGAGAGCUUUGCAGAAGGUGAAUGAGAUUAAGGAACAAUAUCAGAGUCAGAUUGAAGAACAGGUCAAUAACCUCCUACAGCAGUGCAGACAGGAAAACAGGGAAAUGGAUGAAACACAACUGGAGAGAGCGUUUGAGAAAAUGUGGCAAGAGACAAUUUCAAUGUUUAACUAUUCACCACCACCAAAAGCCAAUAUAAUGAAGGACAUGGAACAAAGUCUACAGCAGAACAUGCCUGCGAAUACCAAACUCCUCAAUGAGCAACUUAGCAAGAAAACCCUGUGUCAACUGAGUGAUGUAAAACUCCAAGUAAAUGGCAGCCAUAUUCAGCAAUGUGGUUGGAAAUGUGUUGAUAAACUGAAGUCUUUUUUUAUUGGUAAGAAUGACAUACCAAGUGCCCAGGAGCUGUGUGCUCAGUGGGUGAGGGAGUGUAAACAGUUUGUGAAUCAGACAGUGAACCAGGAACAGGAUUAUGAUUCUAAUCAUUGCAGAGAACUCCUGAGAGUCAUUGAUGGGAAAAUCCAGACACACCAGGAUCAGAGAUUCACUUUUACUCAACAAUUCAGUGUGGAUUUUAAACUUCAUAUCUGUGGAUUUGCCAUCAAAAAAUAUGAAGAAGUGCAGGAAAACUUCCUGAAGAAACACAAUCCUGUGGAGCAGUUACAAAAGGAGAAAGCAGCUUACUGCCAAAGUUUUAAGGAUACC